AGCGUCGAGCCCACGUGUCUGACACCCAUCCUGCGCAAUCUUUCCUCGCGCAGCGGCACAGUAUCAGCUGAGGGCCUCCGCGAAUGGCGCCGUGGCCCAAGCGUGCCUCCUGCCUCCAGCGGCGGCUGCCCCAUUGACGGAUGCAUUAUCGGGACUUUGCUUGAGCUCAGCAAAAAUGACAUUGUGAAGCAAGGGGUUGCUCCUUUCGCCGCCUCGCUGUUGGGUUCCAGCGGCGAGGCGGCAAGCAGCGCUAUGGGUGCAGUCUUUUUUCACGGGCUUGGCGAUGUUCUACCGGCCUUACUCGCAUCAUUCGUGCUGUAUUGCGUGGCCGUCGUUGUCGGUGCGUUUGCCUGCUUGGCCGGCCUGUUGUACUACAUUAAACACAAGCAGCGCGAGACGAUGGUCUACAUGGAGAAGUUUCCCGGGCUAACGGAGCCCAUCCCCAUGCUGACCGCAUGGUGGAUACAUCGGACCCUUUCCAAAGAGGCGCAUCGUUUGGACGUCGGAACGCAUUUGUUCCAGCUGUCCGUCGGAUUUUCUCGAAUGUACCAGAAACAUGGCAUGCUUCACUAUUAUGACGCCACUAAGCCCACUCUAGUAGUGUUCAAAGCUGAUCCUAUUGAGGAACUUUUGACAAGUAAUACAAUACUUAAGAAAGGUCAUGAAUACGACCUAUUAAGGCCAUGGCUUGGAACUGGUCUUCUUACAAGUUCAGGAUCAAAGUGGCGCUCUCGGCGGAAACUCCUGACGCCUGCGUUCCAUUUUCGAAUCCUGGAGGACUUUAUGCCUGCCGUCAAUGAACAGUCCAAAGUUUUGGUACACAAACUUGGCCAGCUUGGAAAAGAUCGUUCCUGCGACAUCGUUCCACUAGUAACCCUUUGUGCUUUAGACAUUAUAUGCGAUACUAUAAUGGGCUACACCAUCAAUGCUCAAAGUAACCAGCAUUCAGAUUAUGUUCAAGCCAUCCAAGUGCUUGGUCACAGCUUCACACGGCGCAUAGAGUCACCGUUAUACUGGAUAGACGCGAUAUUCCGUUUUUCGAAGCCUGGUAAGCUGUUCCAUCAGAAAAUUGGAGAACUUCAUCAAUUUACUCUGAAGGUUAUCCGUGAGCGAAAGGAAGAGCUUCUGUCGUGUCCUGAACUACAAGAAUCUCUCGAGGAAACAUCGCUGGAAAGUGACACCUACGGCGUAAAAGGAAAAAUCAGGAAACCAUUCCUCGAUAUCCUCCUCCGAGAACACAUCAAGGACCCAGAAAACUUCACCGAAGAAGAUGUUCGAGAAGAAGUGGACACUUUUAUGUUUGAGGGUCACGACACAACAGCCAUGGGAAUGAGCUGGGCUCUCUAUCUCUUUGGUCUGUACUCGGAGCACCAGGAACUCAUGCACCAAGAGCUGGACACCAUAUUUGGCGACAACCAGACCCGGCCUAUAACUUCGGAAGACUUGAAGCAAAUGAAGUACAUGGAAUGCUGCCUAAAGGAGUCCCAGCGAUUGUAUCCAUCAGUUCCAUAUAUCACUAGAACAUGCGAGCAAGACGUCAUGGUCGCUGGCCGAAAGCUACCUAAAGGCGCGUGGAUCCAAAUUGGCAUUUACAACCUGCAUCAUGACCCAGAAGUAUUCCCCAAGCCGGAAGAAUUCAUUCCAGACAGGUUUCUUCCUGAAAACGUGAAAGGGAGACACCCUUUUGCGUUCGUUCCUUUCUCUGCUGGCCCGAGAAACUGCAUUGGAGGUAUUUGACAGCAGGACGCAGGGCAGCAAGCUCUGCCGCCCUUGAUGUUGUCAUGUGGGACAGCUGGAAUCUCAUUCUGGUUUUUGUAGCCGGAAUGACAACGGCAUCUGAAGAGCUGGUGGAUAAGACCAAACCAUCGAGCCAUUUUUGGGUGAUUGGCAUUCUUCUUUACACCCGGAACACUUAGAGACAUCGCAAUGGCAAUGAAGGCCUUGCUGCUAGUAUGCAUCCUAAUGGAAGACAAUCUGUAUGGGUGAUAACUAUAGAAAAUGUUGCACGAAGACUCUGCGAUGGCAAGAAUGCGAAGAGAUGAUCGGGGACGCGCUAAAGAUGACGCAUAUGCGUCCUGGGACAAUCCACAGCAAGGUCUGUUUGGAUAGGAUGAUCUUUGGCGAGCACGAUUGUUGCAGCUGUUUACGCACAGCGAGGAAGUCCUAAACACGUGCGCAAUGCUUUGCCCUGUAAGUUCUCCGAUGAGCGAACAUUUGACUUGCACGUACUGGACAACACUGGAAGGGAAAGGUUUGGAAGCGCUUGCCUCAUGCUACUCCGUUUCAGUUCUAAUAUUUUAUUACAGCGAACACAGCGUAUACCUUGAGUGGGAUUAUUACGGUGCCCUCGCGGUAUCUUCUUGCAUUAAAUGAAAAUAGAAGUUUCUCUAGCGGCUAUUUUUUAGAGGCGAAGUAUCGCGAAUAUAUUUGAGUGCGGUUGGUAGUUCUUGCUUACAAGCUUAAUGACAGAAUGUUUUGUACUAACUUAAGCGUUUGCUCCCAAAUGCAGCUCGCUCCUGCCUCGACACAAUGACGCAAUUCACCAGGUCAUCAUUGGAAGUAUAAGAUAUAUCUAUCGCGUGUUCACACGUUCGUUUUAAGUGCUAAUCCGAUAGAUGGCCGAGUACAUCAAAACUGUGCGGUACUUGUAUGUUUUUCACGAAAACGUUUUGGUCAAUAGAAAGAAAGAUGCAUGCUCGUAUGCGGGAUCGAACCAGCGAGGUUGGGUGCCAGGCAAGCGCCGUAACCGCCAUACAUAGGUGUUUCUUUUAUAUAUUAUAUUUAUUAUAAUUAGCGAGAUAUUGUAUUGGAUGACUUCACGUGCACCAGUCAAUACAUCACCCUUCCUGUGUCAA